GGAGAUUCAUUCUGUACGUGAAACCAGGAGAAGCGAACAUUUCAUUAAUCCCAAUCUAUCACUUCUCAAUUAAGGGGAUUAGGCAACAUUGCAAUACGUAUUGACAGGAAACGUCACAUAAUCUCACAAACAAGGAUACACAUAUUUCCAGGAUUUCGUACUAUGCAGAAUAUGACAGACCCCUAGCAUCCAGCAAAGGGAUGGCGGCUGCCUACCUGGACCCCGCCCUGAACCACACCCUGGGCCCGGGCGCCAAGUCGCGGCUCAGCCUGGGCCCGGACCGUCCCCCGGGGGGCAUGGACCGGGUCCUGAAGGUGUUCCACUCCUUCGAGUCAAACAGUGAGCCCAGCACCUGGGCCAGCAACGUCCGCCACGGGGACGCCACUGAUGUCCGGGGCAUCAUCCAGAAGAUCUUGGAUAUCCACAAGGUGAGGUUUGUGUCCUGCUUUGGGCUCCGCCUCAGCCGUCGGCAGUCUGAGGAGGUCCAUUGGCUGCACCCGGACAUGGGCGUGUCCCACGUGAGGGAACGGUUUGAGCUGAAGCGGUCACAGGAAGACUGGAGGUAUGAGCUUCGCAUCCGUUAUUUGCCAAAGGGAUUUCUGAGCCAGUUUGCUGAAGACAAACCAACACUGAACUACUUCUACCAACAAGUACGGAAUGACUUCAUGUUGCAAAUGGCACAUCAGGUGGACCAAGACAUAGCUCUUAAAGUGGGAUGCCUUGAGAUCAGGAGGUUUUUCAGGGAGAUGAGAGGGAAUGCACUGGAUAAGAAAUCAAACUAUGAAUUAUUAGAGAAAGAUGUUGGUUUGAGACGAUUCUUUCCCAGGUGUUUGGUGGACUCCGUGAAGCCUAAAUCACUGCGAAAGUUGAUCCAGCAGACAUUCAAACAGUUUGCCAACCUUGAUGACGACCAAAGCAUCCUCAAAUUCUUUGAAAUCCUCCAGCCGAUCUACAGAUUUGACAAGGAGUGCUUUAAGUGUGCUCUCGGGUCUAGCUGGGUAAUAGCUGUGGAACUUGCCAUUGGUCCGGAAGAAGGCAUCAGCUACCUCACAGAUAAGGGUUCAGCACCUAUACACCUGGCCACCUUCAUCCAGGUGCAGAGCAUCCAGUUCUCCUGCAGCGAGGACAAGGAUGGGAAAGGAAUCCUGCAGCUGGACGUGGCUGGUGCCCCAGAGCCCCUCAUAGUGACGACAUCAUCACUGAACGCAGCGGAGAACAUGGCUGACUUGAUUGAUGGCUACUGUCGCCUGGUGAAUGCGGGACCCCGAUCCUUCAUUGUACGGACACAAAAAGAGGGAGAGAGAGCCCUGCCGUCCAUUCCCAAGGUUGGAAACCAUGAGAAACGGCCGGAAGGACUAAGGACACGUGUGUUUUCUGUCACAGAUGAAAUUAGUGGGGACGAGACAGACGACUAUGCAGAAAUCAUAGACGAGGAGGAUACGUAUACAAUGCCUUCCAAAAGCUAUGGAUUUGACCAAGUGAUGUUCUUUCUGUCUGCAGCACGGGACUAUGAGAUCCAGAGGGAGAGGAUCGAGUUGGGCCGCUGCAUUGGAGAGGGGCAGUUUGGAGAUGUCCACCAGGGCAUGUACUUAAUUCCGGAAAGUCCCCCUCUGUCUGUGGCUGUGAAAACAUGUAAAAACUGUACCUCUGACAGUGUCCGAGAAAAGUUCCUACAGGAAGCUUUGACCAUGCGGCAGUUUGACCAUCCACACAUAGUGAAGCUGAUUGGCGUGAUCACAGAAAACCCCGUUUGGAUCAUUAUGGAGCUCUGCACACUGGGAGAGCUGCGGUCUUUCUUACAAUUGAGGAAGUACAACCUAGAUUUGGCAUCAUUAAUUCUCUUCGCCUUCCAGCUAAGCACUGCUCUGGCCUAUUUAGAGAGCAAGCGCUUCGUACACAGGGAUAUAGCUGCCAGGAAUGUCCUGGUGUCUUCCACAGACAGCGUGAAGCUGGGAGACUUUGGUCUAUCUCGGUACAUGGAGGACAGCUCCUACUACAAAGCCUCCAAAGGGAAAUUACCCAUUAAAUGGAUGGCGCCAGAAUCAAUUAAUUUCAGACGCUUUACCUCAGCUAGUGACGUGUGGAUGUUUGGAGUCUGCAUGUGGGAGAUUCUGAUGUACGGGGUCAAGCCCUUCCAAGGCGUGAAAAACAACGAUGUCAUUGGCCGGAUCGAGAACGGAGAGCGGCUGCCCAUGCCCCACAACUGCCCUCCCACCCUGUACAGCCUGAUGACCAAGUGCUGGGCCUACGACCCCAGCAGGAGGCCCCGCUUCACAGAGCUCAAGGCCCAGCUCAGCACCAUUCUUGAGGAGGAGAAAGUCCAGCGAGAGGAGAGGGCCCGAACAGAAAUGAGAAGACAGGUCACCGUGUCCUGGGAUACCAGGGGGACUGACGAGGCACCCCCGAAACCCAGCAGACCUGGCUACCCCAGCCCCCGCUCCAGUGAAGGAUUCUUCCCCAGCCCACAGCACAUGGGCCCGCACAAUCACUACCAGGCGGCAGGCUACCCCGGCCCCCAUGGGUUAGCCCCUGCCCCCAGUGGAGCGUACCCACCCCAGGCCUCUCUCCUGGACCCCCACGACGCCUGGGCCCACCACCGGCCGCAGGACCCCACGUGGUCGCAUGGUGCGGAGGAGGCGGGUCCAUUGGAGCUGCGGGGGAUGGGCCAGGCGCUCCCCUCCCACCUAAUGGAGGAGCGGCUUCUCCAGCAGCAGCUGCAGAUGGAAGAGGACCAGCGCUGGCUGGAACAGGAGGAACGCUUCCUGAAGCCGGAGUCUCGGAAUUCCAGGGGCAGCAGUGAUCGGGAUGAUGGCAUGCUCCAGGGGCCGACAGGAAACCAGCACAUAUAUCAGCCCGUCACCAGACCAGAACAUGCAGCCCCACCGAAGAAGCCUCCACGGCCUGGGGCAGCCUGCAUGCCCCAUGUGGACAGCUACAAUGAAGGAGUGAAGAUCCAGCCCCAGGAGAUCAGCCCGCCCCCCACUGCUAACCUGGACCGCUCCAACGACAGGGUGUACGAGAAUGUGACCGGACUGGUGAAGGCCGUCAUUGAGAUGUCCAGCAGAAUCCAGCCUGCAGCCCCUGAGGAGUAUGUGCCAAUGGUGAAGGAUGUGGGUCUGGCAUUGAGGACACUUCUGGCCACAGUAGAUGAAACCAUACCUACCCUGCCAGCCAGCUCACACAGAGAGGUGGAGAUGUCCCAGAAGCUGCUGAACUCUGACCUGGCGGAGCUCAUCGGGAAGAUGAAGCUGGCUCAGCAGUACGUCAUGACCAGCCUGCAGAUGGACUAUAAGAAGCAGAUGCUGACCGCAGCGCACGCGCUGGCUGUGGAUGCCAAGAACCUGCUGGACGUCAUCGACCAGGCCCGGAUCAAGAUGAUGGGCCAGCCCUGGCCACACUAGCCCAGGCAACGGCAGGCGGGAGGCGGGGAGGGGGGGGGCGCUCUGUUCAGUCGGACCGAGCUUUCAGCAGGCCACACCCAGAGCACACACCUGCUGACCGCACCUGCUCCAUGCCCUGGAGAGGAGAGUCCACUCCCCCGGUCACUAUCCUUCCUGGAACAUUGGCCUCCCGCAUUCAGACCCAGCCAGGAGCUUGUGAGCUUCAGUUACAGACGCUUGUGUUGUGUGUCCCGUUUUUUUUCUUUUUUGGCUGAGCCUUACUGCGUGCGAGUGUGAUUGUGAAUGUAUGUGUGUGUGUGAGCGCACGCUGUUUCGGGCUGAUUGGAUUGUGAGGUGGAGCAAUAACCCCCAAAGUACGAGCCGAGAGCGUUGAAGACAGCAGCUGGGGCCUCCCGGCUAAUGCAGCAGUGACUUAUGGGAAAUCCAAAGGUUUUUACCCUUCACAAGCACGAGACAUACUCUCUCCUUUAGCACUUCACUUUAGCACAAUCACAAUGCCUAUCUCACUGGCAUUCAAAGGAGGAUCCUAAACGGACAAAGAAACUUAAGCAAUGAAUAAAAUUUCCCUGACGGAAGAACUAGUAUUUAUUUUUUUUAUAUAAAUAUAUAUAUACAGAAAUGUUGUGCCAGUUUUUGUUCAUAUAGGAAACUUAAGUGAAGGGUUUUUGUUUUCUGGAAGGCCCCAUCCUAUGUACCAUUCUCUGGAGUGUGUGGGGUCAGUUUGUCUGCCAAUGUAAAAAAAUUCUAAAUGCUUUUUUUCUUUUUUUAAACACAAUUGUACCCUCCUCUUCCAUGUUUCUCUGCGUUUGCGCAGGUCUAAAGGGACAGAUCCUCCCUUCCAUGUUCUAUGUCUAUAUGUACAGUACUCAUCCCUCUGCUUUUGAGGAAAACAAUUCUCAGGAAGAAUAUGACCUGUACAGUUCCUUGAUGGAUUAAAAGGUUGUUGCUCAUGUCUGCUGUAA